CUCGGGAAGAAGAAGUGACUUUGCCGUCGGAUGAUCCCCAAGAACAAAAGCCACCAUGGAUAUUGGUUUCGUGGUCCUUGAGAGCGUCCUGGCCAUGGCCAUCGUCACAGUCAACCUGCUGGUGUGUGUCACCAUCUACCUGCACAAGGAGCUGAGAUGCAUCACCAACUACCUGAUUGUCUCCUUGGCAGUGGCCGAUUUUGGCGUGGGCGCUCUAGCCAUCCCUUUCUCCAUGGUGCUCAGCAUGGAGUACACCUUGUAUUUCUACACCUGUCUCUUCCUCACUUGCUUCCCACUGGUCACCACCCAGUUCUCCAUCCUCCUCUUGUUGGUGAUAGCCGUCCAUACCCACCUGAAGAUCAAGCUACCCAACAGGCAAGUCCUGUUCUUGGACCGGGAUCCAGAGUGUGACGUUUGAAUGUGUGUGAGUGUGUGUGUG